AUGCUCGCUUACCUUGCGCUCGCCGUCCUCCCAGGCCUGGCACUGGCACAGCAUGUUCUCAUCGUCACCGACACAAACGCCGGGGAAGUACCUUCCUGUGUCGCCCAGUCAUAUCACGGCACCUACGGUCAGCCCCUGCGCUCUGUGUACGUGCCAUCCCAGGAAUGUCUUGAAUCGAUAAACACCGACUCUCUCUUCGGCUCAUUCGAGUCGGGACACUUAGAUGUGCUUGACUUUGAUCCUGAGGGAAGACAGCUCCUUUGGGUGCAGGUGGAUCAGGUCGACCCUUCCCUGCUGGAGAGCGACACGCAGCUCGCAAACGACUGGUUCUCAACAUGGGCGAUGGGUCUCACCACCCCCAAUACUCCUUCUCUGAUAUUGGAAGACACCGAGAGCGUACUUCGCACCCAGUCGCUCGCACCCAGCUUGCACUACCUCUCGGCAGAUGCAGCGUUGCUCUCCCUCGCCCUCUCGGUUCCUUUCUCCGAUCUCGACCUUCCACGCUACGUGAGCAUGUACUCUCUCACCCGCGUACCCCACUCGCCUGUGCCUUUCUCCACUCGAUUGUUCAGCGUGCUCGCUGCCAAGCCGACUUUCGAUCCCUCCGUCGCCUCCGUGCUGUCCACACUCUCACCCGCCCGGAUGCUGAGCGACGUCCGCUACCUGACAGGGGAAGAUGGCAUCGGUCCUCUCACGCGGCACUCCUUCUCCAAAGGCGCUCUCACUGCCGCGGACUGGAUCCAAGAGAAGAUUGAAGCCUCGGGCGCAACAUGCGAGCAGAAAACCUUCCUUCCCGGUUUUGCGCCUAACGUGGUGUGCAAGUACCCCGCUUCGGGGAACGAGACGGAUCGCGUGAUCCUCUCUGCACAUUAUGAUUCCCGUGGCUCGUUCGGGUCUACCCCUGCCCCAGGAGGGGACGAUGAUGGUAGUGGCACGACACAUCUUCUGUCAAUUGCCCACGCUAUUCAAGAGAAGGGCGUCGUCUUCCAGCGGCCUGUGGAACUCGUUGCAUUUGCCGGGGAAGAACAGGGGCUCUUUGGCUCCAAAGCAUAUGCCCGCGAGCUCAAAUCAAAGAACGUUUCGAUCGCACUGAUGAUCCAAGCCGACAUGUUGGGGUAUCACGCUCCCGGCGAGCCAGCUCAGCUCGGGCUGCCAGCAACGAUCGGUUCUCCCGCAGCAGCGUUUCUCGUGUCCAACCUCUCCUCGCUCUACGCACCCGAGCUGAUAGUAGGGUACACCUACGCCUGCUGCUCAGACCACCAGAGCUUCCACGAACAGGGGUACACCGCCACGCAGGUAUUUGAGCGCGCUGGCCCGAUCGCCGACCCCAUGUAUCAUAAUUCUGGCGAUUUCAGCAAUCGGACCGGGUACGAUGUGGAGCAGAUUAGGAGCAUCGCGAAGGUCACGUUUGCUGCUGUGCUAUAUGCUGCUGGCUGGGAGUUGGGGGAUGCGUAGACAUAGAUGGGUUGGUUAUCGGACGGAUAGAUCGUUGUACAGGAUAUGUCUAUUUAUGUGUAACUACUCUGCUGUUGCUGCCUUCGUCCUAUUUGCGAUGUGUGGGGAUGUGCGGCCCGAUACGUCAGAUCCGGUCCACAACCAUUCCACCUAUCUAUAGGAAAGUCAUCUUAGGGACAAAGAUGAUGAAUCAGCAGUAACAUACUUGG